GCCUGUGCGGCUGCGUCCGCCAAGCCUGCUUCAGCCGCGGUAGGCCAUCAGAAAACACCGGCCACAGUGGUUCCAGACGGCGUCUACUCUGUUCUUUGCAUGAGAUAUUAGUCAUUAGAAAUGGCGCAUCUGGUCGUUGAUGGCCUUGCUGCCAGCGAUGGCUCUUGGAGCCUUCCAAUUCUUAUUACGGACAUGAAUAUACAGAGGAAUCUUUAUGUUCGGGGGGAUCUACACAUCGGUGGCUUGAUGAUGCGUCUAGUCGAUGAAGUUGAUGUGACUCGAGACUGGUCCGACCAUGCAUUGUGGUGGCCAGAGAAGCGCCGGUGGCUCCAGCACACACGCUCAACGUUAGAUCAGUGCGGUGUCACAGCUGAUUCGAAGCUUGAAUUUACCCCGAUGCAUAAAGAUGCGAGAGUGCAGUUACCAGAUAAUCAGAUCAUUGAAGCUCGUCUGGAUUUUUCGGUGAAUGCAUUCAAAGCAACGCAGAAGCUCUGUCGCGAUUUGGGUAUCCGACAUUCUGAGGAGCUAGGCUUGAAAAGGCUUAUUCCACCGGAAAUCCUUCGCAAGGGUACCUAUGAAGCUGAAAACUCGUCUGGGCCGCAGCCUAUACGGCCGGGAGAGGAGUCUGUGGGUCCGAUGACAUUGCGGAAGGCAACUCCAAUUUUUGCUUCGCAAACCCAAAUUGAUGGACGAAUGCGGCGUGGACAGUCACCAGCGCUUUCAACAAGCGGGCACAUCUUCAACGCACAUGAGCUAGGUACUUUGCCAAGACAUGGCGGCGGCACUUUACCUAGAGGUGCAAGUCCCAGUCCAGGAGCUUACAAUGGGACCAUGGGUCGCGUUCCUAUAAUGCCAAGCAUAAGCUUUUGCGAAGGCCUUGAAAAUGAACAGUUCGACAUGGCGCUUGUUCACACCCCUCGCCAGGCGGUCAACAGAGAUACUGUGGUGUUUAGACCUCAGAACUAUGUAGAAAAAGCGGCCCUUAACCGUGGUUGGCUGGACUCAAGUAGGUCGUUGAUGGAACAAGGUGUGUUUGAAGGAGAUGUUGUUCUGCUCCGUUUCAAGUACAUGACUUUCUUUGACCUAAAUCCAAAGUAUGAUCCCGUUCGUAUCAACCAGUUGUAUGAGCAAGCAAAAUGGUCGAUAUUGUUGGAUGAGUUCGAUCACACUGAGGAAGAAGCAUCCCUUUUUGCUGCUUUGCAGUUGCAAGCGACUUUGCAGCGUGAUUCGCCUGAACCGGAAGGUCCAACGAAAGAUGAUGUGGAUAUGAUGCUAGAUGAAUUGGAGCAAAAUUUGGACGCCGCCGCUCUUGGACGUCGUUCUGACCUGAUGCAAGUGCCAGAACUUUCUGAAUACCUCAGAUACAUGAAGCCGAAGAAGUUAGCCGCUUUCAAAGGUUUCAAGCGCGCCUUUUUCUCAUUCCGUGAUCUGUAUCUCAGCUACUACCAGAAUUCAUCGGAUAUUCAUCAGCCACCCCUGGGGCAUUUUUCACUCAAAGGGUGCGAAGUCAGCCCCGACGUGUCGGUUUCUCAAGGUAAAUAUCAGAUCAAACUAUUGGUGCCUACUGCCGAGGGAAUGACGGAAUUUGUGCUCAAAUGUGAAUCGGAGCAUCAGUAUGCUAAGUGGAUGGCCGCUUGUCGUUUAGCAUCUCGUGGAAAGUCAAUGGCUGAUUCAUCUUAUCCUCAGGAGGUUGAGAGCAUCAAAAAUCUCAUACAUAUGCAGAGUACCACUAAUGGCCGCAAUGAAAACAGCACGGCGCGCCGAGCUGCACCAGUCAAACUUCCCAACGAUUUUAAUGUAGACGAAUACGUUUCCCAACGAUAUGUGCGAAAGGCCAGAAGUAAACAAGCGCUUCAACAACGUGUUGCGGAUGCACAUGCGAAUGUUCGACAGCUAACAUCUACGGAAGCGAAGCUGCAGUAUAUAAGGGCAUGGCAGGCUCUUCCUGAACAUGGAAUGCACUACUUCAUAGUACGCUUCAGAAACGGCCGAAAAGCAGAUUUGAUUGGAGUUGCGGUCAAUCGAUUGGUGAAGAUGAAUAUGGAGAAUGGGGAAAGUAUAAAAACUUGGCGUUUUUCAAAUAUGAAAAAGUGGCAUGUAAAUUGGGAAAUCCGGCACUUGAAGAUACAAUUCGAAGAUGAAGACAUAGAGUUCAAGCCACUAUCAGCUGAUUGCAAGAUCGUUCACGAAUUUAUUGGUGGUUACAUCUUCUUGACAAUGCGGAGCAAGGAACAGAAUCAAACGCUGAAUGAGGAAUUAUUCCACAAAUUAACUGGUGGAUGGGGUUAAUAGGAGCCUAUUGUUAUGGAAAAGUUGAGCAAGAUCCGCUCUAUUCCAAUUUAUUUAGAUUUGUUGCUCAGCAAUCUUGUCACUAAUAUAAACUGCCAAAAGCAUCCAUAGCGUAUGUUGAAUUUCAGCAUAUCCUUUUAUCGUGUUUUUUGUAACUGAAAGAAAAGCAGCAAAGUGAUGCUGUUUUACGAGGCCUUAACAAGUUCAUGCAAUACUUACGCUUAAUAUGCACAAUUCGCCAAAAUAGACACAUAGUGCAUUUUGUAAUAUAUCGCAUUGCUAUACGAUUUUGUACCUUGUAUAGAUUUACAUUUGAAAAGAUAUACUUGUUAGCGACGCGUGCCUUGUCUAAUUUAAUUGCACGUGGGCCUGUUUUAUAUUUUUUCCGAUUGUAAUAAAUGUAUUUCCGAGAAA